CGGCUGAGAGCAGCACCGAGGCGUCUUCCCGGAGAGCGGCCGCUCCUCCGCGUCGCUGCACUGCGCACACCCCGGCCGCCCUCGCCUCCCCCGCCGCCCGCUCGCCCGCUCGCCCGCCCGCCCGCCCGCCCGUGCGUCCGAGAGCGGCCGCAGCCCUCCGCCGAGGGCGCCCCGGGACGGAAGGGUCCAGCAGCCUGCCGGCGCCCGCCGCGCUCGUGGUCGCCGUCGCCGUGGUCGUCGUGGUCGUGUCCGCCGUCGCCUGGGCCAUGGCCAAUUACAUCCACGUCCCGCCCGGCUCGCCCGACGUGCCGAAGCUCGACGUGACGGUGCAGGACCAGGAGGAGCAGCGCUGCCGCGACGGCGCCCUGAGCCUGCUGCGGCACCUGCGGCCGCACUGGGACCCCCGCGAGGUGACCCUGCAGCUCUUCACAGAUGGGAUCACAAAUAAACUCAUCGCCUGCUAUGUGGGGGACACCAUGGAAGAUGUAGUUCUGGUGAGAAUUUAUGGCAACAAAACGGAGCUGUUAGUGGACCGAGAUGAAGAAGUGAAGAGUUUCCGUGUGCUGCAGGCUCAUGGCUGUGCACCUCAGCUCUACUGCACCUUUAAUAAUGGACUGUGCUAUGAGUUUAUACAAGGGGAAGCUUUGGACCCACAGCAUGUCUGCAACCCAGCCAUUUUCAGGCUAAUAGCUCGUCAGCUUGCUAAAAUCCAUGCUAUCCAUGCACAUAAUGGCUGGAUCCCCAAAUCUAACCUAUGGCUAAAGAUGGGGAAAUACUUCUCUCUCAUUCCCACAGGAUUUGCUGAUGAAGACAUUAAUAAAAGGUUCCUAAGUGAUGUCCCAAGCCCUCAGCUUCUUCAGGCGGAGAUGACUUGGAUGAAGGAGAUCCUGUCCAACCUGGGCUCACCUGUGGUGCUUUGCCAUAAUGACCUGUUGUGUAAGAAUAUAAUCUACAACGAGAAACAAGGUGACGUACAGUUCAUUGAUUAUGAGUACUCUGGAUACAACUAUCUGGCGUAUGAUAUUGGAAAUCAUUUCAAUGAAUUUGCAGGUGUCAGUGACGUAGACUAUAGUCUCUAUCCAGAUAGAGACCUCCAAGGCCAGUGGUUGCGCUCUUACCUUGAAGCCUACAAGGAGUAUAAGGGCUUUGGUAGUGAAGUCACUGAAAAGGAAGUAGAGACACUCUUCAUUCAGGUCAAUCAGUUUGCAUUGGCUUCUCAUUUCUUCUGGGGACUCUGGGCUUUGAUCCAAGCCAAGUACUCCACAAUUGAGUUUGAUUUCCUUGGGUAUGCCAUUGUUCGCUUUAACCAGUACUUUAAAAUGAAGCCGGAGGUCACAGCACUGAAGAUGCCGGAGUAAAGAAGCGGCCUCCCUGUUCUCUAGGAGCUGAGCUGUGCUUGUGGAUGUUUCCUAAGAAAUUCCAAAAGCCAAUCUUUGUUAACACUCAUUUAAUUUGUUAUCUUGCUUUACAAAUUAUGCCUCUAAACAACCAAUCUAUUUUUAAAUAGAAUGAUGUUAAAAACACGCUCACUGUUGUCAGUGUGUGUCAGGCUAGAGAUUUGUCAUCGGGAGAGUGGACUCAGCUUUCCCUCAGCCUUUGGCAAUACAGUCCAUGUUACAUGUGAAUUAUUUAUUACAGAGUUGAUGUGACUGACUACUUUCAUCUUUCAUUUGCUGGUUCAGUGUAUGGAAUGAGAAUGUUGUAGAGAUCUUUUAAAAGUUUUGUUAAUGGGGUUAAUUUUAGAAAAUAUUCUCACUCAGUGUAACCUUUGUAAAAUGAAUCAUUUACUCUUGACGUGGCAGUCAUGCCUCGGUAGUAACUUAGGGUGUUGUAGAGUUUUCUAGAGAAGCUCCUGUCGAGGAGGGAGCACGGCAGCCACUGUCUGUAGGGUAUACUUUUUUGAAUUGGAAACUGGAAAUAAUUUCUUUAAAGAAUACAACUUAGAACGAAAUUGACUCUUUACGUAGCCUGACAGUAUAAAAUAUAUUUACUGUAUAAUCCUGGAAUAUAAGUAUAACAAUUUAAUGUCAAAAUCUGUGUUAAGUCAUGUUUUAAAAUACUAGAUAUGGUCAUUUAAGGUAAUAGUCUCAGUUUUUAGAGUUUACCUAUCAAGUUGUUUCUAACCAAAAUUUUUGUUUAACUUGAGAAACUCUGUUUUUGUUCAUUAAGUAAUGGCUGAUAUUGUUAGUAUUUGAAACAAACAUACAGAGUUCAUCAUCCUUGGAGUCCAGGAAUGUCAUUUAGAUUCUUUCUGUUCCGAUUCAUUCCUUAGGUUGGUUUUGUGUCUGUAGAAUCAGCCAGUGAUUGCUGAUAACUGUAAUUUCAGAAUAAUAUUGUUAAAGCAGUUAGAAGAAUCAGUAAGGAAUAUUUAGGUAGGUUGUUGAGCUUGAAUACUUAGAAUCUUAACAAAUAAGAAAAUGUGAAUUAAGCUGUAGUCGUGGUAGGAGGACUUGUUUUAUCUUGUUUUUGUUAGUCUGGUUUUUAUUUUUGUGUAGAUGUAGGGGGCGACUGUGAUACGGAAGGGAGUCUUUGAGGCAGACAGAGAAGGCUUUAUCCCUGAAGACUGACCUAGGUCAGUCAGACAGGGUCUGCACCUUGCUCACGUAAGUGCUUCUGUACAGAGUCAGCUCCAUGGACCUGCAUAUUAAAGUAUGCAGUACAGAUCCAUCCUAAGACAUCAUCUGAUAUGUUGUUCACUUUACUUAAAUUCUCAGACAAGUGCUUUAAAAUACUUGGAUUGUCUAAACGUGUUCAAAGCUAAUAACAUAAGUAGAAACACUUACAGACCAUGGCCAUCUGAGAUGGUAAAUUCUAGCCACGUAAAUAGACUCCUAAGUAUGUGUCUCUAACAGUGUUAGACCUGGAUUUGGUUUCUACCUCCCCAAUAUUGUAACAUUCACUUUUGUUUUUAUGAACCACAUUACUGUAAGAUCAUAACUAUUCUGCUGACUUCCUUGAAUGGAAACAAAUAAUGACUAGCUCUUUUCAAUGUUAAAGCAAACCUACAAGAACUGACUUAGUGGAAUUUUCAUUUGUGGUUGGAACAUUGUCAUAGAAUGAUAAAGAUGUGAGCCUCCUGAGUUUUUGCUUUCCUCCUCUUAAAAUCCAAGAGUAUGUGUCAUGUGGGAACACUGGAGAAGGCAGUGUUUGCUAAUCUCUUCUUCAUCUUACUUGAGAGUGCUUUAUUGGAGGCUCACCAUGCUGCUGCUCCUGCUGCUGCUGCUGCUGGACUGCAUAGCGGCCGACUGAGACAGCUGCCGCAGAGACUCCUGUGUGGCCGUGAAUGCAGCGAUGGAGACUUCCUCGUUCACCCUACUAGCAUGCAAGAGAUCUUGGAAAAAGAUUAGCACAUGCAAACUGUUGUCCCCAUUCCCUGGCCAGAUUUGGGUGCUCUGAUGCGCCUGCUUCCCAUACAGCUUUUGGGGAUCAUGGUGUAGAUUAUCAACAGGAUUCAAAAUGUCUUUCCUUUGUAUUGACCAUGUAAGGGAUUCUAAAGAGGGUACAUUGGGACAGCUUUGAAGAGCAUCCCACUAAAAUGUGUCCUGUGGCUUGCUAGAAUAUCAGUUGCCUUCUUUUGUUAAGCUAAGAACUUGAAUGCCUUACCUAAUCACUCAACUGGUGGUAAGUUCAUUUUGUAAAUAUGAAAGUGGAUGUUAGAAGUGGCAUUCAUGGGUGUUCAAUGUUAAUCAAUAGACCGUAGUGGCCUGGAUGCUGUGACAAGCAAAAUUCCACAUUUCUGCCCUCUACCCCGAUCCUGUCUCCCUGGCACACCUGUAUGAUCUUGAACCUGACCAAUUGAUUUUCCUACCCUCUUCUGAUCUGUGCUACCACCAUUUUCUGGAAAUGAGAUGUGGUGGCUCCGUCUUAUUGUUGACAUGAUCCGCCUGAGAUCGACAUGAGCACAAACCAUCGGAAGUAGGUCUGCCUGGAUGUAAAUAGGACAGUGUAAAUAAGCGGUGUAAUUAGUGUGAGUUGUGUCCCACAUACAAGAGCUCGUAGUUUGCAUUCUCCUUUGUAGAAGCUUCUCUGUCACUAGAUGAUCCAGCCUGUUGGUGUUUGGCUGGGAACAGUGCACACCUAGCUGUGCAGUGAAAUGGCAAGAACUGGAAGUGAGCAUUACUGGGUUUUAGUUAAUGUUGGUAUUUAUUUAUUUAGCCUCUCAGUGCCUAAUAAGACUUUUCUCCAAUUUUUCCUUCGCUGUUAAUUUUUGGUGGAUUAGAUGGUGGGGAGCAGUGAGUUGAUAAGGCUCCUUCUGAGUCACAAUUUGAAGGUAAAGGACAUGAAAAAUGUGAUUUGCUGUUUGUAAACGGCAGUGUGGUCCCUUAUUCUAUUUCAGUUUGUUGACACUUUGAACAAAAACCUGAGAUUCAAUGUGAAUGUAAAUCCUAUCCAUACAAGACAUAGGGCAGAUGGCAUCUCUCAGUUUGUCAGGUGGUUUCUCUGAAGUGGGUCAGUUUGGGAAUGUGAGAAAAGGGUAUGGUUUAUGACAGUUACCCCAUGUUUGUUUUAACUUUAUGACUUUAGACUUAAAGGAAGAAUUCUCCCAAGCACUCUAAAGGAAAUUAGAAAGCUCGACUUCGAACAGAAGCCAGCUGUGCCCCUUCCAGUCUCAAUGGCUGGUAGACAAAGGGCCGUAGUGCCAGGUUGAGUUUUUCCUCUAACUUGCUUUUAAGUGUUUUAUACUGCGUUCCAGAGUACUGUAGACUUAAAUAUUUUCCUAUUAAUCUGUCAUCUUGUUGACAAAGUCGACAAUGCUUUGUGCUGGGGUUUUCCUAGUGGCAGCAGCGUGUGCUACCUCACACAAGGGUGCGUGCAGGCGGAGGUGAGCCCGCGUGUCUCACUUCAGGCCCGGUUGCUGUGGGUUUCUUCUCUGUCAGAUACCAUGACGGCCUUUGCUGUAAAGCUGAGCUGCGUCUCAAGGCACAUUUCUGUCCUGAAAAGCAAGAUGAAGGACGGUGAGCUGCCUCCCCCAUAGUGACGGCAGCGUUAAAUCUUGGGUUUCACAAAUGCUAUCGGCUGCUCCAGUAAAACAUCCCUGGUUUGGGAACUUCAGCCUGUGUUUCUGUAAAAGAAAAUACUUGAGGUUUUUGUAUUACUUUGAAUUCUUGAAGGCUAAAUUCAGUGACACAUUACAAACUGAGUUAGAUUUGUUUGAAUAGUUUUUUGCUGAAAUUUUUCAAUUUUGGCUCAGUUUGAUAUGGGAAGAGACCCCAGUGUAUUUGGGUUAGAAACAAACACUGAUGCUUUACUCAUAAGCACUUUAAACUGCUGUGCUGGAAGGUUCUCUCCUGGACUGUGCCCUGUGGGACCACCAACACACCUUUGUCCAUUGUGCGUUGUGUGUACUCACAAAAAAAACUUCUAAAAGUUACAAUCGUAUCUUUCGGUUAUCUUACCCACUGUGGUGAUUUGGAUCCCAUUAAUACGUUAAUAAAACACUAGCUCCUUACAGAACUGAGACAUCAUAUUGUCUUUUGAUUAGUUUGUGAAAGUGGAGCAGGGAUUGGAAUUACAGGCUUCCUAGCCAGGAACUUCGAGAGCUAGGUUGAAACCUAAGGACACCCAUAGAACCGUGGAGGGAACAGAGUACCUGCUCGCUGUGCCUGCACUGUGGCAUGCUGCUGCUCGUCUCUAGGUAGUGACAUACUGAGUGUUCAUUGUCAGUAAUCUAAAGUCGUCCUCUGUAUUUACCUGUAUUAAAGUAAGUGUAAAUUAAUGGAACCUACAAGAACUUUUCUGUAUUUAGGAGCUUUGUACAGCGAGGUCAAACGUCCUCAUUGAAGGAAGAAGACAUGGUAUUACCCACGCACAAGGGAAAAGCUUAAAUGAGUAACUGUAUUGCGUUAGCUGUCUGUUGACUUGGGAAGCUGUGGCAUAGAUCUUAAAUUUGUGUUUCUCAAAUGUGAAUUGUAGUCUAAAGCUGCUUUGUGUAGACUGUACGUGCUAUGGAUAGUCUCAGCACUGAACAUGCAUCAAUACCUCGCAGAUGAAUGCAGCCCUUGUCCUAGGUUUCCCUAUGCCUCAGCCAGUGUCUGAGUGCCGGAGAACGUCAUCUAUUUGCUAGCCGAGAUACUUCCUGCUUUUCCCUUUGUUGUUACACAUUUUUAUGUUGGAAGUUUAAGUUUUACUACUGUUAAUUUAAGUAAAAUUUGUUUUGUGGAUAAAUGACAUUGCCGGUGAAAUCAACAGCCUCAUUCAUGUAGCUGCUGAAGUGACAUUUGUGUUCUGUGUUCAUGAACUUGGCAAUGAAGCCGUGUUUCUGUUAAGAUACAAGUGCGGCUUAGGCUUUAUUUCUGUUUAAUAAGGCUUUCUACCAUUGAUUAAAUGAAGGAAUGUAUCUUUUUGAAGAGAUUUAUAUUCUGUAAAUAAACAUUGGUUGUAACAAUAAAGUUGAGUUCUAACUA